AUGCCUCUGCGAUGCCGUGAACCUUUAAUAGCGUGUCCUCGAUACAACCACGGCGUCUGGAAACCAGAUGUCCACGGGGCCCAGAGAAGACGAGGGAAGAUAACGGAGGUCGUCGUCGCGAGCUCGAGGAGGGCGCGUGCAACUCAGCCAGCGGGUGAUGCACUCGCGAAGAUUGAUUCUGUGGAGGCCCAACCCGAUCUCGCAGCAACAUCAUCAGAAUAUGCUUUGGGUUCCAAAGACAGAAACGACGACGCAUUCAAGAAUUCUAGCCUAAGGGCGUCCGUCGUUGCGCCCUUGGCGAAAAGUGGUCUCGCUGUGCUUGGUGCCAUUCUCAGUGACCUGGGAAUUCCAGGCGCGGCAGCAUGCAAACUAGUGAUUUCCGCCGUUGAAAAGUACGAGGAGAUGCAGUUAAAUGUCGAAGCACUGAACUCCCUCAGGAAGCACUACGACCAUAUCGCUAGCGUGAUUGACGACGCGUUGAAGGAUAGGUCAUGUACAGAAAUAUCGAAGCAGAUGACAGCGGCGUUUCGGCGCUUCGCCAGUCGACUUGAUGCUGCCGUCGUUCCCCGCGAGGAAGAGCAGAAGAAGCAUAUUUUCUUCCAAUUUUUGCACAGCAGUGAAUUCGCGACGAAGCCACGGGGAACUUUUGAUGGGGUGGGGCGACUGGUUGCAUUCAUCGUCGGAAUCACACUUGCUGGUCAUUUUACGCUCAACGAGGUUCUGCAGUCGGUCGAAAAUAAAGCGCUGGCUGACAAUGUCCAGUCGCUUCGCCCUGUCGGGGCUGCUUACAACGACAACCAUGCACUCAAUAAAAAGAGGACUGUUUGUCUGGCCGGGACCCGGACAACUCUCCUUGAAGAAAUCGGGCACUGA